GCCGCUGCGGCGGAGCCCCCGCUAUCCCCGGCCAUGGGGCUGCGCCCGGACCCGCCGGAGCUGCCCCUCUUCGGCGCCCGAGGAGUUAUAUUUUCGCACAGUCCGCCUGCCUGCACCGGCGCUGCGCUUUGCCCGUCUGCCUGCCGUGAGCGGAAAGAAAAGUGUUUUGUUUUCACGCCAUUCAUUUCAUGCGCUGAUUCGCGACGCCGCGUUUUAGCGCGUUGAAUGAAUCGCCGUGUUGUAGGUUAGAAAAAAUAAUGAAUGCUUAAAAGUUUAUACUGAGUCAUUCCUCUGCAGAUUAACCUAUGACUGACUCAUAAUCUGCGAACUGCAGUGGCUUGUAAAAUAGGAAGCAGGAAAGCCUAAGUGCUUAGGCUUUAACUGAAUCAAGACCAGCUCUCAGCAGUGGGAAACAAUAUAUUAAUCUAUCGGAAGCACAGACUGCAGUCUUGUGUGUCACUGGGGUUUGUGUUGUGAAUUUUUUUCAUGUAAACAGGUAGGUAGGAACAAUUCUUCUGCUGUGUAUGUUUUUAAUAUGUAUGUUGAGAAACCUCGUGACAGUUGUGUGAGUUGGGGUUUUUUUGGUGGGAUUUUUUUUUUUUUUUUAGUGUCAGUAUCAUUGCAUGACACUGUGAAGUACCUUGUUCUCCUUUGCGUUUUCACAUCUUUAAGUUGAUGAUAUGAAUUUAACAAGUCGUCUUCAGUGCCUGGGCUUGGUUUAGUUAUGAAUGAAGGUGAUACCUCAAAAGUCAAAACAAGUUUCAUUCUCAUUUCUGUAAAUAAACCCUCUUGUAGCAUUGUUCUAUCUCAUUGUGUGUUUUGCACACAAUCAGAAUGGAUUGUUUGGCAAGUUCUGCAUUCUGCCUGAUGGACUUAAGUUGCAUGCUUAAGUUGAGGUUUGGUUUUUUUGUUUCAUCAGUUGUAUUUGCAAGGAAGGUAAGCAAAUUAUUAUCUCUGUUUCACAAAAACAAAUCUUCCUCUCAGAUGCUUGAUUUCAAAGAGAUUAAAAAUAUGAUUAAAACCAGCUUCCUCAGUUAGCCCCAGCCUAAUUUGGAAAACUGCAUUUAACCUUAGUUGCAAGAGGAGAAAAUAUCCUGAAUCCUUUAGAACAGUACCUUAAAUAUGUUUGGGGUUGUGCUUUCCUUCCUUGUUCCACUCUACCUUUGCUGGAGUUUAAAAAGAAAUUAUACUUCUGAAAAAAAAAAGUUAGUCCUUUUUGCCUUCAGUUUAAGCUUUAAAUUAGGAAUGGAUAAAAGAAGUGAAACGUGCUCCUUUCAACUUCUUGACAUGAACAUAGGAAAUUCGUCAGUCCUUCAGGUGAGUGACGGGGGUUGUGUCUGCGUAGAGGAGCAGCAGGUGAUGCUCUGGGACUACUCUGUGCCUUUUUCAUCAGAACAGGUACAGCUUUAUAAAGCUGGAAGGUAAAGAGACUCCUUUAAAGUUCUCUAUGGAAAGGGAUAAAAUUUAAGCUUUUUGCUACAGUAUUACUAGACCAUAUGUUAAGCACUAAGCAACUAAACUUCUUGUUGCUAAUAAAUUAUGUGAAUUAAUGAUGGUAUUUAUGUACAAAAGUUCGUGUACUUGUCACAAUAAGUUCUUUUUGUAGGUUCACAUAACAGUACAACAAAUCCUUUUUAAGUUAUGAUCUGGAAGUAGCAUCUGAAGGGUUCAGGAAAAGGAAGUAGUCUGCUGGAAUAACUGGGCAUUCUUUUGGCCUUCUCUCUUUCUCUUUUACUCUCCCACACAAGACCAUGAACAAUUCAUGAAGCAGACUUGCUAUCUUGCUGUAAGAUUUUUUUUUUUUUCCCUUGGCCAUGUCUUCUAGGUUUGUGCUAGGUGUUUGUUGGUGUUUUCUGAAGAAACGUUGUGUGCCUCUGUGCUGGUAUGUGAAUGCCUGCCAGAAAACAACUAGGCUACACAUGGCUGCCUUGAAGCAAUUUUCACUGUCCUGAAGCAAAACAGGUUAAGAAGUGUUGAGGUGCUGGUCUUAAACUAACUGCAGAAACAAACAAAAAAAAUUUCAAGAUCUUAUUUUACCAUUUAUGUUUGGUUUUUAGGAGAAAGGGCUAUUUUUGGUCCUUCUCCCCAACUUUACCAAGAUAUAAUUGUUUUUGUGUUCCUCCUUUCUAGUUAUUUUUUCACUUUUGACAGUUCCCAGCUUAAGACUGGAGUCCUAUUAUACAAGGUAAUACAUAUGAAGAGAUGGGAACUUGGUAGGUGCCCAGGUAAGGGGGGGAUCUGUUCCUCAGCAAAGGAGAAUAGAAAUAUACAGAAGUGCUUUAAGUUAUGCAGAAGGUCUCUGAUAGCUUUUCUGAUUUUGUUCUUGUUUCAAAGCCAACAGGCUUCUCUUUCCUCUUUCCAAAUUUGUGAUCAUGUUUUUGGGAUGUUGUAUAUCUUGUGGUCUGAAACCAAGGAAGGGACUUGAAGCUGAAGAUGAUCCUCGGUGGUGAAUUAUUUUCAAUAGAUAAAAAUUUAGAAUAAAACAAACUAAAACUGUGUUUGGGAGCCUAAACUGGAUAUAUAUUGUCCACCACAGGAAUGUUAAUGUUACCUAUGCCAUGUUAGAAGAAGAAUUGUAAAAUCACUGUUUCAGUGCAUGGGAGCUCAGGAGCCCCUGUGAAGAGCAAGCAGAGGAAUUGUGCACAGCUUUGAGAAAUUAAUCUUCCUCCCACCUGUUGGUAGGGAGUGGGCAGUGGUUGUGUUCAUUGUAUCUGAGUCUGUACCUGUGUUGCCCAUUAUGUUGGCCUUUUCAGGGAAAGGAAAGCCUUUGAAACAUGCUCCUAAAACCAGCCAGCCCUUGCACAGCUUUGAGCCAAACCCCCGAAGGACGCAGCUACCGCUAACCUCUCCCAUUUCCUUUCUGCUCAUCCCCAUAUAACACGCUCUGAUUGCUGGCUACUGCUCCUCUCCUGGGGGCUGCACAGAAGGUGGGGAGGUGCCAGAGGGCUGUUCAGGAGGUUUCUGAGCUUUCCAUGCCAUUGCCAGCCUGUGCUCAGUGUUCCUCAGUGAGUCUGAAGCAGAGGAGAUGGGCAGGAUGCUCCCCCAAGGAGGACCUGGAUCUCCAGGAAUAAUAGGUUGCUGAUGGUAGGCAGCUGCCAUGAGCUAAGAUCUGGCCUUGAGCCUGGCUCUGCAGGAUGCAGAAGGAAGGAGGGGUGGAAAGCAGUGAUGAACCUAUUGUUUGAAAUGAGCCAACAACUGGCUGAUUGACACUGAGGGCUCAUUUCUGCUCCCUCUGCACUUAAACACAGCUGUGGAGAGUGGAGAGAUGGAGGUAACUCAAAUUAUAGAUUAGACUUCUGGUGUCCAGAGAAGCAGUGGGCAUAAAUUAAGAAAAAAAAGGAUAAAAUUCCAUCUGAAUACAAGAAAAGCUUUUGACUGGGGAUGUGCUCAAACACUGCAACAGGCUGCCCAGCAUGGUGGUAGGAUCACUCUCCACAAAUACUCAAAAUCUGAUGGGUGGCUGUGUUGGGCAGAGGGGCUGGCCUGGAUGGUCUCCAGAUGUCUCUUCCAACCCCAUGCCUUCUGUGAAAGCUUCUUUAAUAUUUGAAUGUAUUCUUUUGCUGCUGUUGUGGAACACUUGGGGAAUAAUUACAAAUGCCCCUGCUGGGCACUUGUCUCACAAAUACUGCUGUUGUGUAAUCAAGUCUGUUUUAAUUGUAUAGGGAAAGCAUCCAAGUGCUAAGUAGUUAAUUGACUAAACUCCCCAAUUUAAGCAACAAAAGCAGAAAAAAAAUCCACCAGUAUCUGCCCCUUCCCUGAACUGAGAAAACACCAAAACAUCCUAAACCUUAAAAGACAUUUUGGUUUUAAUCUCUUAAAAUAUUAUGGUUAUGAGAAUUGAAGGUAGCUUUAUUAUAUCAAAAUUGUUUAUUAUUUCCCUCUUAUUCCCUCUAGUUUUACCACAAAGUACUAUCCUGAAGUUAUCCUGUGAAAAAUGAAAUAAAAAGUAGGCAGGAACAUGAGGGGAGGAGCAGCAGAGAAAAUGCUAAGAGAUCCCACCAAACUGUGCAGUUUAUGCCUGUCAGCCCACGACUAGGAAGUCAUGAGAUGAUGUGACAGAACUUUCCUGUAGCUGUGUUUCUUUGCUGGGCUCUUUCAGCCCUCCCCAAUUGCAUUUUGCACAGCUCUCAGAAAGACUGCAGUGCAGUAGCUGGCAAGGAGGGAAUUACUAGGAGGGAAAAUCAAGCUGUGGUGGCUCCUCUUGCAGGGUGGUGUUGCUGAGAUCUGCAUUUUGGAGGAGGUAAUGAACGGCUGCCUUUGGGUUUCCACUUGGGAAAUCUGGAAGCUUGCAAAAAAUAAAAGGAUGUGGAUAAGUUUUCAUUAAAUGUCCCUAGAGUGUGCAUGGCAUGCUGGACAGCCACUGAGCUUAUUGAUGCAGUGGUUUGGGUUUCUUCUUGAUACAGAACACCUGCAGUUUCUGCCUAAUACUUUGUUUUUAAUCCUCUGUGCUCAGACAGUGGAGAAUAAGGUAAGGUACUUUUGUUGACUAACAUAUAAAAGAUAAUGGAAGUAAUUUCUGUAUGUUGUAGCAUGCAACAAUAACUGCUUGUUGGAAAGUAAAAGUUUUGAUUGCCUUUUUUAUUGCUUGUAAUUCAUUGAAAUUCUUUGUAAUAAUUUCCCUGAAAUAUCUAGUGUGUUCAAGUUGAGAAACAGUCAUGUGUACUUCAUUAGUAUUAAAAGAUUUUUUUUUUUUAGUCAGUUUUCACUUUGUUUUUCCAAUAUAAUGUGGAAUUAUUUUCAAGAUCAAUUAUUUUCAAUUGUUCUGAGAAUGUUCCUCUUUUUAAUCUUAAUGUUAAUCUCUAAUGUUAAUCUUAGGAGCUAAAUCCCCAAUCCUUUCUAUGUCUUACCAAUAUAUUUGGAUUUUUUUUUCUUAUACCAGAUUUUUAAGGGCGUAGCACUGUCAUAAUGCUGCUGUUCAGCUAUGGAGUGCACUUGUUUAGUAAGAAUGAAACUUUGAAGCCACCUUAAUUCACUGUGGUUUGGAAGGGGUUGGUUGGUGUCUUGGGAGGGAAAGGAGAGGCUGAAAGUGCAAAACUCCCUGCACUAAAUUUGGAUUUAUACCUAAGAAUAUGAAGGAGUAUAUUCUGGGCCAUGUAAUGGCCCAGGGUCAUUGAUAUAAUUGGUGUCUGAAGUCAGAAUGGGAGCUAAGAGUUUUAGAGCCUCAGUUUUUUGCUGAGUUAAUAUGUAAAUGUUUAGUACAGAAAUUUGUACUACUUUCAUGACAUCUGUAGGUAUAAUGGGCUGACUUGUAAUUUAUAUACUGUUUUGGUGGGGAAAGUGUACGGUUGCAGAUCUCCUUUUUGUUUGAGUAAGCAUUUAUUCCUGGAGUUUUCUAUAAAUCUCAGUGCUGGGCUGUUUUUCCAGGUAGUGUGUUUCUAGAAUGAGCCAGAUUGGGCUUUCACUGGUCUCUGUGUGUUUUGUUAGAAUCUGUAACCGCUCAUUAGCAUGUUACUUACUGUGAUUAUGGUCCAAAGGAGCAUUGCUGCUGCUUAGUUAGCAGCAGUAGCCUUUCCUUUCCACUUCCUGAGGACCAAGGGUGAAUUGUAGCGCAUGACUGAGAUAAAAAUCAGAAAGCCACAAACCCCCCUGUUUUAUAGCUGUGGAAGUUUGUGGCAUUCCGUCUCCGUCUGGCGCUCCAAAGCCCCGCAGUCCAGCUGUGGCAGUGACAGCCCAGGUGUGUGGGGUCAGUGAGCAUUUCUGUGACUGUGUGACCUUUCGUAGCCAGCUGUGAGUGACCGCUGAGGCCGUGUCUGCAGCAUGGUGUGCAGGAUGAGAGCACGGAGCACGCUGCCCAGCCGCGCUCCGCUCAGCGCCACCCGCCAGCGCCGCUGCCCCGGCACCACGGAGUAGCCACCUGGCUUGGCCACCGCGCUGCUGACCCUGGGCUAGGUGGGUGCAGGGGUCACUGGCAAGACCUGAGCAGCUGCAGUUCCUGUGCUGUGUGCUUUGGCUCUGUGCUGUGCCUGGCCAGGGCAAAGAAAGAAACCAGGCAGACUGUAGCAAAGCUCCCUUUAUUGGCAAGAGUAAAGAGAACCCUAUCAGAGCAUUGAGAAAGCCUAUUCUUCUUUCUUCUCAAGCUGCGGAUCAAAUGAGAUUCAGAUAAAACGAAGGAAAUAAACUAUCUUAGAGCAUGGACACCAGUAAGAAGUCAGAACCCCCUUUAUCUGUAGAAAUGGUACAGCAGAGGGCCAAUCCUGACCGCAGCCCGUCAGCAUCCAUCUAUGUUCCAGAGCAAGGUGGCUACAAAGAGAAAUUUGUGAAUGCUGUGGAAGAUAAGUACAAAUGUGAAAAAUGUCACCUCAUCUUAUGCAAUCCUAAACAGACUGAAUGUGGACACAGAUUCUGUGAAACCUGCAUGAAUGCCUUGCUGAGGUCUUCUAGUCCCAAAUGUACAGCAUGUCAAGAAAGCAUAGUAAAAGAUAAGGUAUUUAAAGAUAAUUGUUGCAGGAGAGAACUACUUGCCCUUCAAAUAUACUGCAGAAAUGAAAACAAGGGCUGUAAGGAACAGCUAUCUUUGGGUCAAUUACUGAUGCAUUUGAGAACUGAUUGUCAGUUUGAAGAACUCCCAUGUCCUCGUGCUGAUUGCAAAGAAAAAAUACUGAGGAAAGAUUUGCCAGACCAUGUAGAGAAGACCUGUAAAUACCGGGAGACAACCUGUAAAUACUGUAAAAGCCAAGUCCCAAUGAUUAUGUUGCAGAAACAUGAAGAUACAGACUGCCCAUGUGUCAUGGUUUCCUGUCCUCAUAAGUGCAGUGUUAAAACACUCAUGAGGAGCGAGUUGAAUGCACAUUUGUCAGAAUGUAUUAAUGCCCCAAGUACCUGUAGUUUUAAGCGUUAUGGCUGCACUUUUCAGGGAACAAACCAACAAAUUAAAGCACAUGAAGCCAGCUCAGCAGUGCAGCAUGUUAACUUAUUGAAAGAGUGGAGCAAUGCUCUAGAAAAUAAGGUGGCCUUGCUCCAGAAUGAAAGUUUGGAAAAGAACAAGAGUAUACAAACUUUACAUAAUCAGAUUUGUAGCUUUGAAAUAGAAAUUGAAAGACAGAAGGAAAUGCUGCGGAAUAAUGAAUCUAAAAUACUUCAUUUACAGCGAGUGAUAGACAGUCAAGCAGAGAAACUCAAAGAACUGGACAAAGAAAUCCGUCCCUUCCGACAGAACUGGGAGGAGGCUGACAGCAUGAAGAGCAGUGUGGAAUCCCUCCAGAACAGAGUGACUGAGCUGGAAAGUGUUGAUAAGACUGGAGGGCAAGGAGCUCGGAAUACAAGCCUGCUGGAGACCCAGCUGAGCAGGCACGACCAGAUGCUGAGCGUUCACGACAUUCGGCUGGCUGACAUGGACCUCCGCUUCCAGGUCCUCGAAACUGCGAGUUACAACGGAGUGCUGAUUUGGAAAAUCCGCGAUUAUAAACGGCGGAAGCAGGAAGCAGUCAUGGGGAAGACUCUGUCCUUGUACAGCCAACCCUUUUAUACUGGAUACUUUGGCUACAAGAUGUGUGCCAGAGUUUACCUGAAUGGAGAUGGCAUGGGAAAGGGGACGCACUUGUCUCUGUUUUUUGUCAUAAUGCGCGGAGAAUACGAUGCUUUGCUUCCUUGGCCCUUCAAGCAGAAAGUGACUCUCAUGCUCAUGGAUCAGGGACCGUCUCGACGCCACUUGGGAGAUGCUUUCAAGCCAGAUCCAAACAGCAGCAGUUUCAAGAAGCCAACUGGAGAAAUGAACAUUGCAUCUGGCUGCCCAGUCUUUGUGGCUCAAACUGUUCUAGAGAAUGGAACAUAUAUUAAAGAUGAUACUAUUUUUAUUAAAGUCAUAGUGGAUACAUCGGAUCUACCAGACCCCUGACAUACACUGAGGGAGGCGGAUUAAACAGAAGGCAACUCCGUUUGGGGGUUUUAUAUCAGUUUGUCUUCAAUCAGAGGUCCUAAAGCUCACAGAACCACCUUGUGGAACAGAUGGAAGAGUUUGAAGGCAUAACUGCAUAGGGUCCAAUUGCGAAAGUAGCAACACAUUAAGAAAUCAUACCAUGGUAUAUUUUUUAAUAGAACUAGCAACACUUGAGCUCUGAAGAAUCACUUAUCCCUCAUCAGGAUAGUGAUUAUGGUCAGAGAGGAUUUUUUUUAACUUAUUAAUGAUCUAGUCAAUUGGAGGUGAAAAGACAUAUACAGUAUGUGCUGAAUCAAUUACUGACUUUUAUUUCUUUUAAGCUAGAAUACAAGAAAAACCCUUCACACGUGGGCUAGCUGGAAAUUGUCAGCAUGUUAAAAGAAGAUGAAGUAAUGUUGCAAUUAUGGUAUUCUUUGAACAACUGAGGUGCAAUCUUGUCUGAAAUAUAGUAUAUUGUCUUUUUAAGGCCUCAUCUGGUCUCUGUUUUAAUAAUUACUUUGUCAGAAGAUCUUGGAAAAGUAUCCAUGUCUUCUCAAAAGUAUCUGAAUCAAAAUCAUAUUUUUAUUUAAAGUUCUAUUGUUACAGAAAACAUUUUAUUUUAAAACUGUUGAUAGACUGAUAUUUCUUGGAAGAAAAAAUAGAAGAUAUCAAACACUGGUUAUCACUUGUGAUAGGAAAAAAAAACUAUUCAAUUCUGUUAUUUCUCUUUAGAAAUGUAAACCUACAAUAUAUGUCGUAGUUAAUGACACUAUUUCAAAAUUAAGGAAAAAUCACUCAUGGAUGCUGUGCAUCAUUAUCAGAUUUAUAAUUGUUUUCACCCUAAAAUAGGGCAUUUGUUGAACUUUGGAGUUCUAAACGGAAUCCUGUACAUUUUUUAAAGUUCUGCCCCAUGCUUUCCAAUCAAGCUAUAUAUGUUGCACAUUAUGCUGUCAGCAGUAUAUAGUAUUUUCAGUAUUGGGGAGGAGGAUUAGUGCUGAAAAAAAGCCUCUAUGUUUGUUCUGUACUAGCAGCCAUUGCUUCAAGACAAACCAGCAAUGUCUUAAUACAGUGAUGGUGGCUUGCAUGCAUACAUGUGCCUUAGAUGUGCUGUGCUGCUUAUAAACCAUAGCUUUUUAUUCAGAUUAAUUCUGAUAUCUGAAAUGGUAGUUUAAUUGGACUUCAGGCAUAAUGUUUACCCUUGUCUUCAGAGCCCUUAGGUACCUUGCAAUGUUCGAAACAGAAGCCAAAGCCCACUCCUUUGGCUUCUGCAGCUUCUAUGACUUGGCCAUGGUGGAAUUCAUCCUAUUGAGGUGCCAAAACGUUAUGCUCAGUGCUCCUAUGGAGCUUGGUCUAGACAGUCUCCAUGGCCACUGUGAAGGCAGGCAACAUUUUUCCUCUAAUGCCUGUGGCUGUAAGAUGGCAUCACUUGAAACGAAUCCAUCUGAGAACUCUGGGGCUGUGAAUAUGGAUGCUCGUGGCAGCUUCUCGUAGCAUCCUAAUGGGGAAUGCAUGGGCUUCUUUCUUGUAACAGCCUGAACUGUAGUGGAAAGCAUUUGCUAGCCCUGAAACAUGCUGAUUGCAACCUGCUGUGUUCAUCUGCUUCUCUUUAAUAGCCUGUGACAAGCAAGUCCAGAGACACAGCCUGACUGUGGUGCUCUUUAAAAUCCUGCUUAAGCAGAGCAGGCUUGCACCACUGUGUUUUCAGCCUUCAUGGGCUUGAAAAAAACUAUUGCAUCUCAGCCUUUAAUGUCAGGCUCUGUCAAUUUUCUGCUUUUUUGAGGCAUAGUCACAAUUUUUGUCUAAGGUGCAGUUGAAUUCAUGCCUUUGUAUUUCAGCUUGUCUUUGCCGUUGUCUUUUUUGGCUGUGCCUUCACACACAGUGCCUGCAAGAAGUAUUUAUGGAUAUACAAUGCAUGCUAAGUGGUCUUCAUGGGUUUUCCAGGCACCUGCUAGAAUACUGCCUGCUGCUGACAGUCCUGACUAUCAGCAGCACCUUGUCUUCCUUUUCUUGCCUUCCAUUGUCCGGGUACUGUACUCCCUCUAUGGUACGUGGCUGUCAACAGGUGCAAGCUCAUUAUGGAGGCACGUGCUAGCAUUUCAUUUCUAGCACGGAAGGAGGAUGUUCUGCACAAGAGACAAAUAUCUAUAGAUAUACCUGCAUCUAUAUCUCUAGAUAUAAUUGUAUGGCACUUGCAGUUUUAUGCAGGCUGCAUAAGUAAACCCAUCACUUACGCUUUAGGGCGAAGGUUCGCUCAACUUGUGUCAUUUUAAUAAUUGUGAAUGUAGGCAGCUGAGCUUUUGUGUUUGUGCAUCACAGAAUUUUACUGAAGACAGGAUUCCCAAGUGGAAAUGUCCAAAGGACUCUCCUCCCAUUGCUAAUGCAUGUCUUGUAAAAUUAAACGAAACCGUUUGGCCAUCUCAAAACACUUUAUAUCCUGUUUCAAUCUGGGACUUGGAGGAGAUUUUGAGUAUAAGCAGGGCCCAGCAUAUUCUGCAGAUUUGUGACUACAGUUUCCAACUUCUGUGACAGAAUUGCGCUUCUAAAUCCAAGCUCUUUAAAAGAGGAGGAAAAAAAGCAUUUCCAGCCUUGGUGAUUGAAAGAGGACUUUGAAACAUGUGAAUGUGUAAACCAAUAGGGAAGUCUUCCUGAGUCUGCACACAGCCUAAACUAGUAGCUUUAAGAGAUCUGAAUAUCUCGUCUUGGUGGGAUAUUGACUCAGAAACUUCACAGAGAAGUUUAAAUAUGAACACUGCUAACUAUCUAAAUGCCGAUCACUGUAGCAGAAACAUCAGUCACUGUUGUAUUUCACAGAUCUCUAUGCUGCUUUCCACAUCUCCCAAGUGCCAAAAGCACCAGCUGCCAGAAUCUUCAGCUUCACUUGGGCAGCUUUUAUAAUGCAGUAAUGUGCUAUCGAUAUAAAAAUAUUUUUGCAUAUGUGCUUUUUAUCACAGUUAAUAAAACAGAGGCCUACUGCACUUAUUUUUUAAAACUACAUGAAGCUGCCAGAGAAUUUCCAGUUUGCCAACCCUGCGUACUGUGAAAUCCAGGAUCUUGCUACACAAAUGUAGACACCGCCUGCUGUGGAAUACCUGAAGCCUUGACUGUAACACCCCUUUCUCCGCAGAACUCACAGGCAUCUCUGUAGAGUUCUUACUGUGUACAUAGAAAUCGGUUUCCUCUGCUUUCCAGCAAGGAGUAUGUAGCAUUUUGUGAAAACAAGGCCACUGUAUAUUCUCUAAGUUGAAAGGAAAAGAUACCUGGUGCUUUACUCAACACUUUUAAGUUAUUUAACUGUUUCUCUCAUCGCUGAAAUGCCCUUUAUCCUUUUUCUCUUUGCUCCUGACUGAGAUAUCCCAAGUUUUCUAGGGACUCUCUGUUUAAAGUGAUUGAUGGGACAGCACCCUGCCCCCAGGUAUACUCCUGAAUCCUGGCAAACUCCUGGGGGUGCCACUAGUGCGAGGGGGUCCCAGAGUACUCUCAUUGCUUUGAACAGAGUUUGUUCAGUGGAACCAUAUUGUCCUCUACUUAGUAAUUCUUAGCAGCACACAGCUGAAGUCUCUUGCUGAAGUCUCUUUCUUCACGGUGAUGCUCUGAGUUGUGUACAAGCCUCUUCCGUUUCCACUUCCUCUAGGGAGAUUCCAGUGUGUGACAAUCUGGAUGUUGCCCUUUGUGUAUACUCUUCAGCACAGAGUGAGUGCACCUGUUACCUAGAAAGUCUUGAAUCCUAAACAGGAUGAAACUAUUUGGGUGUUUAAAGACCAGCCUGCAGUUACGAUGCAUGACCAUGUCUGCAUUGCUUCUCUGAGCUAAUUAAUUGGGGUCUUGUUUCAGUUACUGUCUACACGGUACACCUUCAACUGCUGACUUACAAUAUGCAAUGUUGAUUUCAGCCUUGUACUGUAAAUGUUGCUCUUCACAAAGAGAAUGUGCAAUAGGAAAAGGGAAUAGUGGGUGGCAUACUUUUGAUGGAAAAAGCACGCUAGAUUUUUUUAAAGAUGAAAAAAAAUGAAAUGCAGUUUAUUUCCUUUUCUUGUGGUGUUUUCUACUUGGAAAAGGAAAGAUGAAGAUAUGUGCCUGUUUCUGUGCCUAGUGAAUUUCUCAAAUGCAAAGGUGUGAUAGAGAUUUGUGUUAGCUGGGAUUUAAGUGUUGAACCCAUGAAUGUUAGAUUGUGAAUGUAUCGCUUCUGUUUCCUCAGUUUGCCACGAUUAUGGCUUGCUGAAAUGGAGUUUAAAAGCUACCACCUAUUUGUAUCUGUAUUCCAUCACCUGGGAUAGGCAUUUCACCAACAGUGCAGGGUGUCUGUUGAUAUUUUGUUUAGUUUUUAAAGCACUGGUGCUCUUUGGUCCAAGACAGAGAAGCAUGUAGGGAGUGACAAGGAAAGUUGCCUGCACUGCAGAAGAGUGAAAAACAUGACUGCAGUAUUGAUGCCUUUGAUAUGAUUUAACUAUGCAAAUACACAGAUAGGUGAGGGGGGAAAUUCUUGGGUUGCAUACCUAAUCUCUUAGAUUUUGCUCUGUAAAUUACUUGUAUGUGUGUAGGUACAUACAUAUGCACACAGACAUGCAUGCACAUAAAUAUGCAAAGUCUUUUCUUUAUGUAGAAGUGAUGAAACAAAACCCUUUCCUCCAACAAUUGGUGCAAAUAUAACUUGCUGCUGCUAAGGGAGGAUCUUGGCUAAGGGCAAACUUUGGUUCAUAUCUUUCAGGUUUGAAGACCUGUAUGUAGCAAACACUUCAUUUAGCUUUUCUGAAGACUUUGAAUUGUAAUUUGGGAUACAUGUUCUUCCUCAUGCUUUGAUAAUUUGGAGAUUCCUGUAUUUUAAACAACUGUAGUGAUGCGCAACUUUUUGAUUGCAAAUUAUUUCCUCUACUUUGGAACAAAAAAUGAUUAAAAGCAUCUGGACCUCUUCCCUGAAAUUCCUGUCCUAUUCAGUUCAAUACCUUGAUAUUCUGGUUGACCUAGAAGUGAAAGCUACUGCAAUAAAAAUGAUUGGUUUGGUAGUUUAAUCUGAGAAUAGGUUUUAAUACUGUGUACAUUGUAUAGCAAGUGCUAUUUCUCUUUUUUGGAACAAGGAAAUCAAGGAUGAAAUGUGAUUUGCCCAGAGUCACAAAAGGAAUCUCCUGGAGCUGGGACUGAAUGAGAGGUUCCAGUUCCCUAGUGUUAUCUCUGAAUCAUGAGGUUUUACUCUUUUAACACAUUAGUCCCUUAAAGGAACUGGAAAAUUCAUUGACAUACCCUGAAGACCCACAUCAGGACAGUAAGGGCUAGAACUAAACAUUCAAGCUGUCGUGAUUUGGGGUUGUACACGUGUGGUGGCCCAGACGUGCAGAGUGAAGGCCAGCACAGCAUGUCAGUGUGAGUAACAGCAGCAAACGUGUGUCCUGCUCUGUUUGUUCAGAAUCAUCCAACAAAACCAGUCUCGUUUGAUGCUCCUCCUUACUAAGGAGGGAGAAUACCACUGUACAGUGAAGUGGGUUCAUCUUUGUUCUACCAGUCAGUGUGACUGAUCGUUUCUUUCUUGUGGGGCUUUUUCCCUUUUUCUGUAAACCAAAAUCUGGAGGGCUUAAUUGUUCUUUCUUGCCUCUUAAUCCAGGCCUUUGCAGAGAAGCACCAGAUGGGAAGGUUGUGGAAAACUUUGGACUGCUGAUUCAGGGACAUCCUCUUAAGAUUUAGAAGGAUAGAGUUAUACAACACAUAAGGGAUCUGACUAUUCCUGUUUCUCUUCUAAUAAGACUGCAGCUUCUGUCUUCCAUUUCAUGAUGUCAGUGUAGAUACUAGGCUGUGUCUCUUCAUUAUUUUCCCUCCAAGUUAGGAUUAGUUCCUUAGGGUUCAAAUAAGAUCUGAAUUUCACAGAGAAGCACCUGAACCAAAACUCUGGAUUCAAACAUCCCAGACUUGAUGUGGAAUUCAAAUCUGGAUCCCAGCUCUGUGGCUUACUAACCUACCCAUUCAGGGAAGGGUUUGUUGUCUCUAUGUGGUGUUUGUGUUUUUGGUCCUUUGGAACUAAGCUUUUAAUUUGGUUGCCAGUUCUGCAAGGACUUUUUAACUUCUUAGCGAUGCCGGUGUUCACACGCUCCAUUGCUGGCAGUGCGAUGCGUAGUGAUAAAAUUUGACUCUGUCUAAGGGUUACUGAGAUAAACCAGCAUUAUCAUUCGUAAAGGUCAUUUUCUUGCAUAGUGUUCCGAGCUCUGUAUUUGAAUAUAGCUCGCACCUGAAAGGACACAUCUUCCAACUAUGACCUGCGUCACUGGCAGAGAGUUGUGUAAUCUGUACUUGUGGAAUGGGAAGGUACCAGCGUCCAUCGUUGCUGAUGCAUCGUGUGAUCCACCUGUUGUGUUUUUCUUAUAGCUGUUGUUCAGUUAAUACUUUUUUUUUUUUUCAGUUUUAUAGAAAAAAAAUGGGGAAGUUCAGGAUUUUUUCUACAAGGUAUAAAACUCCAAUGAAUUAGUGGUGACUAGAGAGCUGUGGAAAAUACCCCAUUAGGAGAUGAUGGGCUAAAUGUAGGUCCAUUUCUCUUAGACAAGUAGGAUAACCUUUAAGAUGCAUGGAACAACAUAAUAAUUGGGAAAACUAGAGCUGACAUUUGUUUCCAAGAAAUUCUGUGAGAACUAUGGAAAAGACAUCAGUGAUUGAGAAUAAUGUACAAAUUAAUGUGUUUGAAACUUGUGUAUCCAUUUCUUUAAUCUCAUACUCUUCAGUGAACGGUACACUUGUGUUCAGUUUUAUGAUCAAAAACAAAGACCAAAGAAGGCCAGCCUCAUUUGAUUGUGUAUAUUCUGCCUGUCUUAAUUAUCAAUAGCUGUAAGGAUACAGUGCAAGUGAUCUGGUAACCAGUGGUUCUCGUCCUUUUCUUUUAGGGGGAAAAACAAUUUUAAAAUGUAUAAUUUAUUGCUCAGCAAUAACCAUGUUGUUAAAAUAAUAAUAAAAAAAGGAAUUAGCAACAUGUCUUAAUUUCCCAAUAGCAUUAUUAUAUGUUGUAUUUCAGUUUACUGUAUAUUGUGUUUUUGUAUUUAUUUGUGUUUGGAGGUCUUGCUAUGUCUUUUUGUGUUUAAAUGCUAAUAAACAAGGACAGUGUGUAAGAGUGUAGAAUGCUGAACUCUGAAAUGCUAAACUGUGUUAUUAAAGGAAAAAUAAAUAAGUAGGAAAUCAUA